UCCAAACCUGCAACCCUGUUGACUCUGUUAUUCUUCUCGCGCAUUACGAGGUAUUGAGCCAUUGAGGUACCAUCUUCGCACACUCUAAGAAAUCUUUGGCCUACAGUCCUACACUUUGCUAAACUCAAGUAGACCACCUCUUAUCUCGUGUUUGCGUAUUGUAGAAGUUUUUUAAAAUACUAAGUUGUGGAAUUGCUCUUCAUCGUUAUCGCUGGAGAGUAGUAACCCUAAAAUACAAGUGCUCAAAUUACACCUCAAUUUUGGCAAAAGUGAAGUUGCAAUCUUUCACAGACAUGGCGGCAUUUUUUCCGGAUUGCUCGGAUUAUCAUCUUAGUCCAGAAGAAAAGGCCGAAGAAGUUGCAAAUUUUAAAUUGAACCUUGGGCGUUUUACUCCAAGUCAUCUUUUGAAAUGGGCUGAGGACUAUGAAUUUAUUCCUGAAGCGCUUGAAUUAGAACAGGCUGCUUACCUUGUUCCACAUUACAACUUGUUGACUGAAAUCAAAAGGCUUAUUCGUAUCGACGACAAGGAACAGUUUGCGUCUUUCCUGAUAGCCAACCAUGAGUUGGUGCAGAAAUAUUCUCCAGAUGGCCUUUUGCAGUUGCUCUGCAGCCAUUCUGCUGUUGCCUGUGCUACUGCGUUGCUUGAAUCACGUCUCGAUGUGGAUAUCAAUUCAAUGGAUAAGAAGUUGGCCUAUCAUAGCGGAAUGUCCCCUUUGCACAUUGCGGCUUGUAACUUAUCUUUUAGCAUGACUAAGUUACUCUUAGAGCAUGGAGCUGAUGCUGAGAUCCAUUCUGAAGCAUACAGAACCCCACUUCAUAUAGCGCUUGCUGCAUUCAAGAAGCAUAAAUAUAUCGGAGGUUGGACGGCUGACAAAUCCAUCCUCAUGCUGCUUUACUUUUUCUGCUUGCCAGCAUUGAAAGAACCCCUUGAUACUGUCAGACUGCUGGCGUCACAUAGUAAUAAAGUUGAGGAUCUUUGCAUUUGUUACAUGAAUUUUGACCGUGUUACAGACUAUGCUGCCUUACUGAUGGUUGCCUGGGAUAAACUCAUGGACUCAUCUGCUGAGGGGGGCCUAGAGACUACCCCAGUUGGGCAACACCUAUCUCGAGUGUUAAGCAAUGCAUCACUCCAGCAAGAGAUAUGUGAAUCCAAUUUCAAUGUGCUCUCAAAGGAAAGGUUGGUGAAGCAUUUGACGACAGCAUUGUCUGUGGUCAAAACUAUGUGGAUGACUAUCGGUGUCCUUGAGCGCUAUUGUCACUCAAGGGUUGAGAGUGUGCCGAUGCAUGAGUUGCCAUUCCACAUUGCAUGUGAGCUUGUGACAGAUGCGGGACUUUACUUGAAGUCCGAUGGUGCCAACAUAGAAUGGUUCCAGCCUAACCUCACCUCACAGGCUAAAGUGCUGCUGAAGCGAAAAUAUUAUGCGGAGCCACGCCGAUCUGGUCCGAUCUUACGUUCUUUUCUUGGGAAGCCGGUAACAGCCGCGUCCUUAUCAUUGAUGCCACAUUUUCAAUAUCGUACACUUCACAUCCUGAAUUUCAUGGAUAAUCAUCUUUGCAAAACCCCACAAGUGAAGCCAUCAUCGCACAAUGUUUUAGCGUUAGCUAAAGUUUGUGCUCCUCUAGUUUGGAUGGCCAAGAGGAGUAUCAAGUAGGUACGAAUGUGCGAGAAAGCUUACAAGGCCAUGGAUUUUCUUUGAGCCCUUAUCUGACUUAUCUAGCUUCAGUCCUUUUAAUAAAACUGGGCAACAUUGUAUAAGCCAUCCUGCUUAUAUUUGGUUAUAACUUAUGUGUUAUAGAUAAUCUAUGUGCAGUAUCUAUAUGUUCUUUGGUAGUAAUGCAAUAUGAAGAUGUUUAACAAUCAUGCUACUCACAAUAGCUUGAGGUCCUACUUGCAUUACAUUAGAAAUGCUACAUUUGAAAGGUUUCAAUUUAGAAUUCCUUUGAAGGGUUUUGGUGUCUA